AUGCUUGCAAUGGGAGGUAGUGUGGAGAAACAUUUAAAGGACCCGAUUCACCGAACAAACCUGCAAUAUGGACUGAGAACUGGACUAGUUUGUAUGGACUUCAUUCAAAUUGACUACAUUGCUGUUUACUUCUCAGUCCACAGAUUACGAACUAACUUUCAUCUGCUCCCUUUGUAUAGUUAUCAAACAUAUGGUGAAGACACAUUGAUGAGGUCAGCUGAGGAUAUAACAUUUCACGUUGCUCUAUUCAUUGCCAAGAAUGGAAGUUUCGUAAACUACUACAUGUAUCAUGGAGGAACAAACUUUGGAAGAAAUGGUUCGCCGUUCGUAACCACUAGUUAUUAUGAUCAAGCUCCACUUGAUGAAUAUGGAUUACUUAGGCAACCAAAAUGGGGACACCUUAAGGAAUUACAUGCUGCAGUUAAGCUGUGUGAAAAGCCUCUGCUUUCUCGACUGCGAACGACAAUAUAUUUGGGAAAGCUACAAACUUCCUCCAGACUGCAAGAACGUGGCCUUCAACACUGCCAAGGUCAAUAUGAUAUCAAUGCUAAAUGCAGUCCAGGUUUGUCUCUAGAACUUAUAAAAAUAGAGCAAGUCGUUUGGUUCUCGUAUUGA